CGUGAGUGAAAAACACAAAAUGGUCCAAAUCAAAUUCUUAGUCGCGUGCAACUUACUAUUCGUUUGUUCACUGACCUCGGCUAUAGAGGAAAUUUUCCGACAAAAACUUACAAAAUUAACCAGAAGCAAUGAACGUCGAUUCCUAAAUUAUCCAUCAAGAAAUUCAUCAUUAGACGGCGAGGAAUCUAGAACUAAUAGGUUAACAGCCGAUGUUCAAAAAACGCAGAGCUUCAGUCCAAGAAGUGGCCACAUCAAAAUGAAACCAUCAACAUUAGGAUCAGGACUUCAGCGGGGCAAAAGCGUACUACAAUGGGAAGACUAUUUGUUUCUCUCUUCGUCAGGAAACGGUCAAGAAAAAAAAGGGAAAAAAACAGAAGAUGAUGAUGAUAAAAAAACGCUUGCUCAACAGGUAAAAGAAGGCAAAUAUGGUCUUUUACAAAAUGAGAUUUUUAGAGAAAAACCCAAAAAAAUGGGUGUUUUAAGUUAUUUAUCUAAUCCUGAGAUUCCCAAAGACAGUGUACAGAAUUUUGGAGGUUUAGAUAGGGAAGAAAUUUGGCUAGCGGAAAAUCAUCUCUUGGUAUUAAAAGGUGGUGGUUUUUCAGAAAAAUAUCUUGAUGACAAACGAUCAUCAAGGGAUUUCCAAGAGUGGUCUCCAAUCGAUGAUUACGAAGCACCAAGAAGACAAGUAAAAAUUCCAUCAAUGCCGAAAAUUCCACCACCCUUUCCCGUUCAAUUGACGGAUAAUGAACCUAUCAAAAUACUAGAAAGCAAUAAUAUGACAAGUAAUAAAAACAAGUCGGAUUGGUUGAGUACUUGGGUUGAAUCGAAUAAUACAAUAUAUAAAGAAAUAGCUGGUGACACUCGAGAUGAAAAAAAAAUCAAAUCAGGACAAGCUCUAGGUGGGGUGGUUGGUCCUUUUUUUUCAUCACUACCACUGGGUACGCAUUUUGUUCCUUCAUCAAAUAAUGAAACUGACUAUGACGAAGACGAUCAAUCAAUUUAUUAUCCACCAGCAUAUACAUUUACGUAUUAUCAAGAUAAUUCAACGGUUGUUCCACCAGGACCCCUUGUACCUGGUAUAAUUCUUCCGCCACCACCUAAUUUUUUUUCAAAAUUGGAAGAAAAGAAAUUAACUGCGACUAAAGAACAAGCUUUGAAAUAUAAUAAACGACCAAUAUCAUCAAAAUCAACAGAUACUCAGCACUACUCACCGAGAAAAUUAGCUUCAAAGCCAUACAAAAUUACAUACUCAAGCACAGUAGCAAGUAUACAGGAGCAAUUCGCUGUGAAAUCGAUAAACAACUUCAAUAAUAAUGAAAUUAAAACAAUAGUAAAAUCACCAAAAAGAGUAUCUCCUGUAGUAACUCCAAUCACAUACAACCAUGAGGAAUUAAAAAUUUAUCCAACAAAAUCAACAUUAAAAAAUCAAGCUCUAGAACCAAGUAUAUUAGAAAAGGAAAACUGUUGGACUAAUACAAGACCAAGUUCAAAAACAGAUCCAUUUUCAACAUAUUAUCCAACAUCAACGCCAUCAACAGCUAAUGGAGCUAUCGAAGCUGCACCACUUUCUAUUAAAAAUAUUAUAGAAUCAGAUGAACACUCUAAGGUUUUUCCAGUUAUAUCAUCAUACUAUUUUUAUGAAAAGAACAAUGAUAACGAAGCAUCAAAAAAAACCACACAAUCACCUCAUUAUAAAAUCAAAGACUUUUCGCAAGAAACUCCGUCGAAGAAACCUUACGAAAAUUUUCAAUUAACAUCAUCACAUCAAACAUCAAAAUACAAAGCUUCGUUAGAUUCAGAAUUAUUCUUAAAAACGCAUGAACAAGCUGUGAUAUCGGAAACUCAACCAUUAUACUAUCAACCUAUUGCAAACAGACAAGAACAAUUGAAUCUUCGAAAUUUAUUAGCAACCCCUAUAACAAAAGAAAAACAAAUAUCUGAUAAAAGAGCCAAGUCAAAUCCAGUAUAUCAAUAUAGUUUCGAAGCAGCUGAUUAUUCAGAACAUGAACGAAAAAUAGAAAGUCAUCCGCAAAACGAUGUUGUAUUUAACGAGUGGCGAGAAGUUCAAGAUAAAGUUAAUCGACAAAAUAGUGAUGACACCGAAAUAGCACUCAAUCAGAGAAUUAAGCCUGACCAGAAUCAUUAUCGAAGUAGAUUGCCAAUUGUUAUUUCUUCCACAACACCGAAGCCAUUAGGCGAUACAACAACGUCAGAUCCAAAACCUGCUUACUAUACGAAGCAAGAUGAAACUUAUUUGGAUGAUGUUACUAAAGAGUACUUUACAAAUUUUGGAAAAAAAAUUAAACAGGAAAGACUAUCAUCAACAACACCGAUAUAUGGAAAAACAAGUAGUGUUACUGUACGUCCAGGAAACUCUAGAUUUUUAACAUUCAAUUCAUUUACUAAUGAUAAUUAUGAUAAUAGACAAACCUAUAAAAGUCCAAGGGUUAAUGUUCAUUAUGGAGACCAACCACGAAGUCAUUAUUUGCUAAAAGAUAACACAAGAAUUAGUAAUAAGUUUCCGUUUUCACCAAUUAAUUCAGAUGCCGAAUAUCAGCCUGGUUAUGAUUUGGAAAAAAGUGAACUAGUGUUACAGAAAUAUCAUGAUCAACGAAAGUUACAUAAAAAUUCUAAUGUAUUGAAUAAAAACUCAUCAAAUCGAAAAACUCAUCAACCAAAUGACAGUUAUAAUAGUCAACAGGUGACUCCAACUAGCGUUUUAUCUGAAAUCACGCCCUUCGAUGAGUCACGAGACUUCUUAUCAAAGCCAAUCAUUUUUUCUAGUGAUAUUGUAAAUAAAUAUCGUCAUUCACAAUCACAAAUUGACUCGCAAUCUAAUUACUUUGAUUUAACCAAUGCGAAAUCAGCAAAUCAAGACAACCGAAGUUUAUAUUUUGCUUACCAAUUACCAGGUGAUGGUGGGCAUUUUUAUUUUCUUACACCUCAUGCAAUAACACAAAAGUUUUCUCAUAAAAAAUAAAACCUGAAAUAAUAAUGGUAACAAUGAAAACUCAAAAUGUAAUAAAAAUUAUACACGCGUAUGUACAUACUGCAACUAUACUGUAACAUCACAUGUAUACUUACACUUAAGAUAUUUAUAAAACCUGUAAAUACAGUUUACCUUAUUUCAUGAUUGCAACGAAUUUUAUUAUGAUUCAUUAUUAUUGCUACUAUUAUUAUUACACUGUUAAAACCAUGGAGGUGAAUAAAGAGUGUAAGCUUUGCUUUUUUACUGAAGCCGUCAUUUCGGAGUAAAUGAGGGCGCUGGGAUCGGACUCGAACGACAGUAUCACGUGUAAUCUUUUAUUUACUGUUUGUUUACUUUUUGUGUUGUUUGUAGUGCAAAUACCGUUGACAAAUAUUAUAGAAUAAAUGAAUUGAAUUUAAUUAAUUGAUAGAUUAAUUGUUUUUUUUUAGAACUUGUGUGUUGAGUCUCUUUUUUGUUUGUCUAAUUUGUGUGUCUGAAAAUAAAUUUUUCAAAAUUAAACACAAGGUUAGAACUAGAAACAGCUGUCAAUUUGUUUUUAAUCGCUUAACAGAUUUUUAAUAAAUUAAUUUAAGCAGAAAUAGUUAAGGAAAGGAUG